UGACAUUUGUGUCAAAAGUUGUUUUUAUUAUAUAUGUAAUCUGGUUACAAUACAUACUACAUUUAUUAUUAGAUUCAAUUAUUUCCAAUUUAAUCUCGAAAGUAUUACAAUUUUAACAAAGAUAUUAUACCCAAAUAUGGACGACUACGAAAGCAAAAGUGGUGUGAUCUGCCGAGUUUGUCUACGUUAUGAUGUAAAUAAAUGUAUAUCAUUGUUUGAAGAAUACAAUGAUUGCUUAAUAUCCGAAAAGAUUACCUCCAUAGCUAAUGUUCAUAUACAAAAAAACGACGGUCUCCCAAAUAGGAUAUGUCCUGAUUGUCUUCUAGAACUUGAAAAUGCCAUCAAGUUCAAACAAAAAUGUGAGAAUUCAAACGAAAUUUUACAUUCAGCCUCCAUCACUAAACCCGAAGUUCCAUUGCUUGUAAAAGUAGAAAUAUCUCCAGAUUUUGUGUCAACGGAUGGGUACCUCGAAUCGGAUUAUGAAAAUGAAGUGGAUAUAAAACCUGCUGAAUUAUUUUUACAAAAUGGCAAGAAAAGUCGAGCUAUUGAUUUGAGAUUAGAAUGCCACGAUUGCGGUGGUUUCUUUAAAAGCAAAUGCAAGUUACGAGUUCACUGGAAGAGGGCCCAUCAAGCAAGUCAGCUUGUGUGUGAUAUAUGUAAAAGACAGUUUAAAAGUUACAAAGCCUAUCACUUACAUAAAAAAAGAAAAUCAAAAGCUUGCACGGAGGCGGCGCGAACACGUAUCGAAGGCCAGGGCAGAGGGCGGACAUUCCAUUGCAAGGAAUGUAAUUAUCAGUCCAAGCGUAUCAAAGACAUGGCAACUCACUCAGUGCUGCACACAGGACUGCGACCGUUUGUAUGUAACAUAUGCCACAAGGGUUUCACACAACAGAGUUCACUUCAGUCUCAUCAAGAAGGUAAACAUAAGGAUUACAAGGUGGAGGCCACCUGUGAAUACUGUGGGAAGCAUCUCAAAGGACGAACCAGAGUAUACAGACACUUAAAAAUGCAUACAGAUAAUCAAGUCCAAUGUGAAGUAUGUAAAAAGACAUUAAAAUCAAAACAGUAUUUGAAACAACAUAUGAAAAGGCAUAGUAAUAUCAAAGCAUAUGCCUGUGAAGUGUGUGCGUCUACUUUCUACACAUCCGCUGAUCUUGCAAAUCAUAAAAGGAGUUUACAUAACAAAGAAAAAAAAUAUAAAUGUGAAAAAUGCAAUUACUUGUCAUACAGAGCUUGUACAAUAAAGAAGCAUUUGGCCAAACACACAGCUACUAAUAUACCAUGCUUAAUUUGUGGUAUGUUUGUAGAUAAUGCUGAAGAAUUUGUUGUGCACCAGAGGAGACAUUUUGACAAGAAAUAUGAAUGUCCACAUUGCAAUUCAAAGUUUUACAGUAAGAAAAAUUUAGGCCGGCAUGUGCGUGUGAAACACAACUGUACAAUGCUUGUUAAUAAAGUGUCAGUGAGACCGGCCAGUGUGAAGGCUGAAAGCCCCAACAGUGGACAAUUUGGUGAUGCUAGAUCACCUGUAAAAAUCGAGAAGCUGUCUAAAACUUGAACAAUAAGACCAUGAUAUUGUUUAGUUAAAACUAUAGACUUCAAUUGUUACAUGGGACCUGCAUGAAUGGUGUAUUCUAUAAAUCCUUAAUAGAUUUCAAAAUUUGAUCUGAUUAGGCACAGUUAUUUAUUUGUAAAAAUAUUGAUUUCAUUGAAUACUAUAAACCAAAUUGUUGGCAUAUGGGGUCGUAAUGUUUAGCGUUAAGUUCAGAUCACGGAGUAAGACCUCUAAAAACUAAUUCAGUGGCAAAUAAUUUGCAUGCUCAAAAAUAGACUGAAGUAAAAAAAAUCAGGGAGUCCAAAGAAAGUUUUGCCAGCCAUGAUUUUUCUAACAAAACAAAAUAAAACUAGAUAAAAAUAAACAUUUUAAAAUAUGACGGAAGGUAAAAAUUGUUUAUGAAGUGAUUAUAAUUGAUAAAAAAAAAUUGAUGGGUUUGAAAUUAUGUUAAGUAAAUAUCAAAAAGUAAUGUGCUAUCAAUCUGACAUACCUUAAAAUAAUUCUUUGUUUUAUGAAAUAUCUGGGCCAGCUUUGUAAUUUCUACAUUUUAGACCCAAAUUGCGAUCAAUCAUUUUAUUUUUGAGCUUGUAAACUAAUGUGGUAUUACAAACUAGAACUUCAUACUAUUUCAUUAGUAUUAGGAAAUAUUUUAUUUCUCAGGUCUAGCAACAAUUUGAAUGAAUCUCAAGGUCUCAUCCUGUGAUCCAAGCUUUCCUCAAUAUAAUUCUAUAUAUUAAGAUUGUUACACUAGCUACCUACCUAGGUAAAAAUCC